GCCCGCACUGUUUCGCAAUCGUGACUUUCUCUCUCUCUCUCUCUAUUUCUCGCUCGCUCCUCUCCUCUCCUCUCCCCCCCUCCGCGCCUCAGGCUCUCUCUUGGUAGCUCUCGAUGUUUUGACAGCUGCGACUCGCGCCCGCUACUUGACAGCUGUCAGUCGAGUGUCGGACUCGCUGCAUCCAGUACGUAUAAGCCGAUCGCUACUUUACGUGUGCGUGUGUGUGCGUGCGCGCGUCUACCUGCUAAUAGCGUCUCCCACCAUUUUGCAUGCCAUCCAACUGCUACACCUCCCACUUGGCUCCAUUCCGAGCAAAGAGCGAAACGUUCUCGAUUUUGUCGAACCUCCCUUGUCCCCUCCACCGGGGCUAAUUCGUCGUCUAGCGGACGCCAAGCGUUCCGUCUGCUCAAAGGACCCAACGAUACUUAUCUCUGGAUGCGCUGGGCCUUGCUCCAUUCUCUACCGUAUACGAUAUACUUAUUAAUAUUCAUCAUAUAUGUAUAUAUGACGUAUGGUAUAGCACGUGUACGUGGAAUUAUAUAUGACAUAUGUGGCUCAUGCAUUCCUGAUGGAUCGUGACUGAACGUCGAGGCACGAAUAAAAUUCCGGAGCUCUUAUCGAUUAGCACCUCAUCCGAUUUGCCCAAUCUUUCGCUUGAAGAGCUAUAAUUUCUAUGGAAGUAUUUAUCGGAGACGAGGCGACCAAUGUGACAAUCCUCCGAUCUGACCGUAGGCGUCGCUCGUCUCGAUCCGCGGCUCACUUUUGAGCCAGUACCUCGUCGGCACGAUUCAGUGAGACUCUCCUAGCCAAGUGUUGACGCGUGAAUAUUUUUCUUUACAGUGACAAAAAGUGAUGCAAAAUAAUUAACAAACACGAGUGAUCUAAAGGCAUAUUUUCAGCAAUUUGUUUUCAGUUUAUCGAACGUGUUGAUGUGAUUAAUCAUUGCUCAGUGAUUUGAAACAACAACAGCUAUUCGAAUAAGAUUGGAAAAUAAAUAAAGCAGUGUUGAGAGUGUUUUGAGCGAUUUUGAGCCAUUGUGACGAUGAGGCGACUACUCGCCUCGACGAACGUCUUCGACUAGUGAACACGUGCGUCUGUAAUUGUGACUCUUGCUACGUAUGAGCCCUGAAGAGCGAGCCGAAGCCCUGCCGAAAUCAGCUGAACAGCGGCCAACAUAGGCUUGAACGAGGAGCAGCUCGGACUCGUCGCUGUUGUUGCUCGCAGCCGAUCGCAGAUGACCCGUAGGAAACAGCACGCACCUCAACGCAUGAAAUGUAAGUAGUGGUGUCGGGAAUUAGCUCUUGGUGCGCGCUUGCGGGCGCGCGCGCGAGAGACAGAAGAAAGUCUCAGUGGUAGUCUAGUGGCCGAUAUCGAGAUAGAGACGUGGACGCGGUGCCGCCGUCGACGCUGCUGCCCCAGAGGCUGGCUGCGCAGGUGCCCGCCGCUCAGUCGGACGGCAAGAUAUGCGAAGUAAGCAGCAGCCAAGGCCUUCCUACCGGUGGCCGUCACAGCGCGGCGAUAACGCUCCCGGGGAGGACGGCGCCGAAAAUACGGAGCCUGGUGCUGAGCUGCAAGGGGCUGAUGAGAGUGACUGCGUAGAUGAGGAUGGUCCCACUAGCCCGCCUGAGACGAAUUGCAACAGUGGUGAUCAGACAGCCAAAGAAAACGAAGACGGAAUUGAAGUCCGUAGCGAAGAUGAUGACGAGGAAGAUCCAUCUCAACGAGUGAGUGUUGCAUCACCCACUGGCUCAAAACUCAACCCAGUUGCAAAUAGAGAUACUGGACCACCAGAUCGAGAACCAAUGAGCCCGCGGUGUCCAUCAAGGGACUCGCGGGAAUCGUCCGGGCCAGCGAAUGGCAGUCCACCACCAACGACAACUCGAAGUAGCUCGAGCCCGGUCAGCCCUCCCGCUAACAUAUUGCCAUCUGCUUUACCUUUAGGCGUUCAUCCAUUGCUUCCUCCACAAUCGGCAGCUAUGAUGGCUGCCUAUCUUCAACAGACACAUCAGCGACUUAUGCUCGGUCACUCUCCUUUAUCGCGAAAUUCUGUAUCGCCAAUGGUCUCAUCCUCAAGUUCUCCACCUGCAGCUGCGACUGGUCUGCACAUUUCACCUGCCACUAGUGAUGUCUCACCAGGUGCUACAACUCAAAUACCCGCGGUAUUAGAUUUUAGCACUCGGAAAGCAUCGUCAAACACUGAAAAUGACGAAGAUGAGCAAAUACUCAAUUUAAGUAAACCACCAACACCGUCGUCUUCCGAAUCAGUUAACGGGCCUCUAGAUCUUUCGGUUUCGAGUCGAAAGCGACCAGUACCCGAAGAAUCACCACCACCUCCUCGAAAAUCUUCACGAGUUUCAGCAGCUAUCCCAAUACCCGCACAUCAGGAUAAUGCCGCUUAUGCUCGCCAGGUUGCUUCAUCUUGGAAUUCUCCAGUUGUCGCAUCACAUUUCCCCUACUUUGCCGCAGCCGUUGCGGCCGCAACUAGUCAGCAACAAUUAUCACCUAAGGGCGCAAGUACGAGUGCAGUAGAUCCUCAUCAGAUAUGGAACGGUAAAAUCAAGUCUUCGAGCGCAGAGUCUAAAAACUAUCAACCAAGCGAAGCUGCAAAAGCUUUAGAAAAGAUGAGCGAACUCAGUAAAUUAGGAGGUGAAGAUUUAUUCCGCACAGGUACUGGUAACACACCGAAUUCAAGUUCAACAUCUGGUACAACAGGCAAUCGUCACAGUGCGUGGCAAUCUCAUUGGCUAAAUAAGGGUGCUGAUCAAGCCAAAGAUGUACUAAAGUGCGUCUGGUGCAAACAAAGUUUCCCAACUUUAGCUGCUAUGACAACUCAUAUGAAAGAGGCCAAACAUUGCGGAGUAAACAUGCCUGUAACUCCGGGGCAUUCGUCCCAAACGAGUGUACAGCAAACACCACCUCAGCCACCUCCAGUUUCGUCAUCCAGUAAUUCUUCUUUAAAUAGUAAACAGAAUCCAUCAGAGUUAAAUCUUUUGAUCAAAGAAACAAUGCCCCUGCCGAGGAAAUUAGUUCGCGGACAGGACGUUUGGUUAGGUAAAGGCGCUGAGCAAACUCGACAAAUUCUCAAAUGCAUGUGGUGCGGCCAAAGUUUCCGCUCUCUGGCUGAAAUGACUUCGCACAUGCAAGAAACACAACAUUACACCAACAUCAUUUCACAGGAGCAGAUCAUAUCUUGGAAAUCAUCCGAUGAACACAAAGGUGGCGGGAGUAGUGGAGGUGGAAAUUCCGGAGGUACGUCUGGUGGUGGAAGCGGCGGAGGGGGUGGUAGUGAUCGAGCGCCACCUGGUGGUAGUUCUGGAUCUCAUGGUAGUACCGGACCAGGCGCUGGAGCUACUAGCAGCCACGUAAGUGCUGUUUUGACUUGCAAAGUCUGUGACCAGGCUUUUAGCUCGUUAAAAGAACUUAGUAAUCAUAUGGUUAAAAACAGUCAUUACAAGGAACAUAUUAUGCGUUCACUCACAGAAAGCGGCGGUCGUAGGCGCCAGACGCGAGAAAAGAGAAAGAAAUCGUUACCAGUUAGAAAACUUCUUGAACUAGAAAGAGCCCAAAAUGAAUUCAAAAAUGGUGACGCUUCAGGAGCUAGCGCAGGCCAUUCUUACGGAAAACAAGUUUCGAGAAUAACUUGUGAAAAAUGUGGCGAGAAGAUCGACACGCCUCAUUUUGUCGAACAUAUCCGAAUGUGCGUUGGUUCAGGAACACUUGGGGUUAGUCAAAGGAAUUUUCUGAAAAAUGCUUUGAUGUCAAAUCAUUUACCAUCAACAUUGCCACCCAGCGAAUCAGGGCGUAAAAGUGUUAAUGAAGAAACAUCAAGACAUCACCGAUCUCCAUCUUCGGCAAGCGAUGCAACUACGCCUGGAAAAGUGACGCCAACGUCCGUGUCCAACGAAACUAAUGCCGGUGCCACCACUUCUUCUCCAUCCGUUUUAAAUGCCAUAGAAAAACUUAUAGAGAAAAGUUUCGACUCAAGAAUGCGCCAUGGAGCGGCAGGUAUGCAUCAUGCACAACCUGGAACCCAAAUGGGUUCUAGCAUUUUGAAGCGUUUGGGAAUCGAUGAAAGUAUCGACUACACCAAGCCACUCGUCGAUCCUCAAACUAUGAAUUUUUUACGCUCAUAUCAACAUCAACAACUCAAUGCAGCAGCAGCAGCGGCGGCAGCGGCAGCGGCAGCUCGAAGAGAACGGAGUGGCAGCGAGUCUAGCUCGAUAUCGGAGCGUGGUAGCGGAAGAACAGAUACCAUGACGCCAGAAAGACGAAUAGAUCUUUCGGCUAGUACACAAGAUAGGCUGUCGACUUCGUCAUCACAUUCCCGACCUACUCGAGCGACGCCAGACAAACAAGUUGCGCCACUACCGGCUCGGCAUCCGCCGACAACUAAUGAAGAGUCUGAAGAUGAAGGUUCUAUUGUCGUAAAAAAGGAGCCAAAAGAUGAAGAUUCAGAAACACUUGCAAUAAACGAAAGUGAACGGCAAUCAGAAAGUCCUCGUAGCGUAGUUGUAAAAAAAGAGGCUGCUGAAGAUAACAAAGAUGAAGAGGAUGUCGAAUCUUUUAAUCACAGACGUAAUAGCAGCAGUCAGAUUCGAGAGCCGUCAGAAGAACGUAAAGAUGUACUUUCGCCGCCCAUGAAUCCACCCACACCGAGACCUCUAAAUCCAGCUGAGCAAUUGGCUCGCAGUCCAUGUCGUAAUAGUACGAGUAGCCCUGCGAGUAGCGAUAGAUCGGUCACACCGCGAGGAACGCCGGACAACAAAGUUGCCAGUAGUUUGGGUGCGCUGUCUUCUAUGUUUGACAAUUUGUCUGGAGGCAGUGGAGGUACAUCUCAUAACGCUGAUGGUCAAGGGCGCAAAACCAGCAGUCAUCCUUUGGCAGCGCUUCAGAAACUUUGUGACAAAACUGAAACCAGAGGAUCCAGCGGAGGUAGUCGAGCAGCAUCAGCAUCGAGCGCAGUCAUGGGUUCGUGUGGUAGUUCAAGUUCGAGUGCUGCUGGAGCAACGAGCAGUACUACGCCUGGUGCCAUUCUGGCUUUCAGUUGGGCUUGUAACGAUGCGGUCGUAACACCAGAUUCUGCCAUGAAGUGCGCCUUCUGCGAUACGUACGUUCACACUAAAGGAGCCUACAGGCACCACUUGUCGAAAGUGCACUUUGUGAAAGACGGUGUUUUGCCUGAUGGGCCCAAUCCUGGGCGCUCUGUAACAACGACGUCUGGCAAUGGAGGCCAGACACCGGCAGGUUCUUCUCAUAGUUCCUCAUCGCCGCCAAUCUCUCAGCGCAAUAGGUCACCUCCGAUCCUCCAGGCAAACGGUAGUCCUUCGCAACCUGCGAGCUCACCCCUCGAAGAGAGUCCACACUCGAAAUUUCUCAAGUAUACGGAGCUGGCUAAGCAAUUGUCUAGCAAAUACGUAUAGUCCGAGUCCCGUAAGUAGCGGUGCCACUUGUACAUAAAUGUAUCUAUAUUGUAAUCAAAGCUCGUUCCACGUGAUGCAUCACCUACUUACUUUUAGGGUAAAUCAUUACGUUAUCCGCGGAUAUUGUGCCAACUUUCGUGAUUAUGCAAACAUGGGAUCUCAGCAUCGAUAACCUUUAUUAUAAAUAUUUCCCUUUACUUUUUAUAUGUUUUCAAAUAUACUCAAAGUUUUUAUUAACGUUUAUAUACACAAAUAUAAGUAUAUUAGAAGAAAUAAAAAAGUUUAGUUCUAUUUUGCCAAACUCUUUUGUCACUCUAUGAAAGCUUUGAUGAUCUAAUAAUACAUUCAUUUAAAAAUCUAUAUUAUUCUUAAUAAUAAUUUUUAAAUGAAUGUUUAUUGCAAUUAGGUCCCAUUUUUUAUAUUCAUGAAACAUAGUUUGCAUUUUGUCAUUCUUGGGUCAAUUCAAUUGUUAGUAUUUGUCCAUAAUCCUUUAAUAUUUGGCUCAUCCAAAGCGUUUACAAAGCUAAUAAUUUAAAGUUUAAUAAGUCUAGUAUGUGCAAUACGUGCAUAUUUAUAUACUUACUUUAUUGGUAUGUAAAAAUGAUCUAUUGUGAAUGCAGUAUCGAAUAAUCAAAAAUCGUGAUAUACUGAAUAAAAAAUAAUACUAAGAUUUUAUUGGAAAAAACAAACGAAAGAAAAUGACACAAGGACGACAUUGACGCAAUGACGAUUGCAACGGCUCAAUUAUAAAUGGCACACUCGCAAUUCAAAGAGCGAGGAAAUAAAGGGAAACAGUGCAGAAUAGCUUGGAAAAACGAGAUUGAAUUUUAUUGUGAUGCCACCAUAUCUCGCAGUACCGCUGAGUCACGGGGCUCGGCGCGCGGCCUAGUAUGUGAUUUUAUUAUAUUUAAUAUAUAUGAAAUAAAAUACUUACGAAAAUUACUUCGCGAUACGUUGUGAAUGCAAAAAAUUAAUGCAGGUGAUUGCAUAUGCAGAUUUGUGUAUCAACAUUUUAUGUUACAAUACAAUAAAAUAUGAUCAUACGUAUUUUAUAGAACUGAUCAUAAUAACAAACUAUAUUUGUAAGAAAAUUAGGAAAAAGUAAAAUAAAAAUCUUUGAUUGCUAAUGAUUUGAAUAUUCUAAUAGCAUAAUUAGAUGCAGUUUAUAAACUUGAUUAAUUAAAAAAAUGAAAAUUUAUGACGUGAUAAAGUUAAUGCUCAUUGACUUGUCAUAGACACCAUUGUCUACUUUUUAUUUUAUUUAAUUUCAAAUCUCUUCAAAGACUCGCACAUCACCUGCAUAAUUUGUUGCGACCGUGAGCACAUGUAUACCUUUAGCAAGUAAGACGAUAUAUUUGUAGUUAAAAUAUAGUUUAGACUCGACAUUGUGUAGGAAUCUCUUUGUUGAUAAUAAUAAUGAUCCGACGUGAUUGGUCAUCCGUUGCAGAUCUUGCGUCACAUAUGUUGUGUCACCAAGACACGUUUUAACAAAAAUCACUAAUAAAAGUGAAAAAAAAAACAGAAAAAAUACACGAGAAUGAGACUGCGAAUAGAGAUCGAGAGAUAAACGUGUACAGAGGUGCACACGACACGCGCGGUGCAAUAUCGACUUUCCUCAUAUUAUAUAUUAUAAAUGAAGAAGUGAAUAUAAUAAAUUAUAUAAAUUUAGAGUUAGGAUUUGAUAAGCGACUUUUAUCACAGAGUCGAAAGACUUUAUGCAGAUUGAGUGCAGCGCGUACCAGCGAACGUGCAUUGAUGUGUUCGAUUACGUACGAGCCAGUAUUAAAGGCGAACUAAUGAGGUAUACUAAAAAUUCGAGUAAAACUUAAAAGAGGCGUGUUUUAAACACUACGCUUAAGAGAGAAAUAGACCAUUGUAAAUUUUUCUUCGUUUUUAAAACUAUAAAUACGUAUGUAUUUACGAUUGCGCCCGAAUAAACUAAGCGUCGUUGUCGCAUUUCAAGCGUGUAAAAUACUAAUCAUUAAUUAUCAUUCAAAUUAUCGCGAUAUAUACUGUGUAUAUUUAUUAUGAUAAAAAUUGACUUAAUUAAAUUAUAGUAUGUUAUUUAUGAUGGAGCGAAAUAGAGAGCAUAUUUAAAUGAAAAGUGCGACUGAAUAUGUGUGCAUAAUGUGUAAAUUCGUAAGUAUGGAAGAGAGAUAUAGUGAUAAAAUCUCUGUUUGCGAUUGUGUGUGAAAAUAAAAAAUGUGAAAAUAAACAAUUUGUAUACGUGGUUUAGAAAAAAUGUGUUUGCAAUGUAUUUAUUUUAGCAGUUCGUAUGAUGGAUUGUAGAAAAAUACGCCAUCAAUACAAACCGGUUCAAAUGAGUAAAAAAAUCAAUAAAUUUUAAUAAAAAAUAAAGCAACUAAUUGUGGAUUAUGGUUGUUACACGAAAAAUUGUAGCAAUUAAUCGAGAAAAGAUAUUUACAAACAAGCGACACAUCUUGUAUACGUAUUUCUUGUAAACUCUAAUUCUUCCAACGUGGAUUUAAAAAACUAUUUAUCGAUAUAAUAAUACUAUUGUUGUAAUAAAAUACGACUGCUGAAGGUAUAUAUAGACGAUGAUGAGCUUUUUUCAAAGUAAACAUCACACCGUAUAUUGAUUGAAUGAGUAAAUGUGUGAAUGCCAUGAUUGCUUGCGAAUAUUAUUACGAUCAUUAUAAUUACAAUUAAUACGAAGAUAUACGAAAAAAUACUUCGUAAGAAAAAAAUGAAUUGCGUUAAAAUAUACG